AUGGAAUCGCAAGCAACUGGCGUUCAUGGCGCGCAGAAGUUGGAUGAGGAAAAGGCUCGCCAUGCGAAGCGCGUUAAGCUUAAGCAACUUAAUACGACGCCAAUUGUGCAAGAAACUGCUAGGCUUGAUUCCUCGCUCAAGCGACAUACUGCUCUCAUUAAGCGUAUUCGUCAAUCUAUGGCGAACGAGAAUCGUGACCAAAUCAUGAAGGACAUCGAAUCACUCACCUUGGAGAAAUAUGUUGACGAACUUGCAGGAGGCGUCAUUGAAGGCCUGUCGAGGUGCAAAACAGAAAAGGAUGUUUGGGCCUCUGUUGAGAUUAUCUCGGCGCUUCACCGCCGGUUUCCAAAAACCUUCACUCCGGCCCUUGUAUCUCAUUUAUCUGCUGCUAUAAGUGCACCCUCACGAGCAUCUUUGGCCGCUUUGGCUCCAGAACAUCGAGAAAAGGAGGAUUCCAGUCGUGUGGCGCGUCAACGACCUAUAAUCCGAGUAUGUUCUGAGUUGGCUUUAGUGGGCAUAAUCAAGGAUGCACCUGACAGAAGCGGAGCUGAAUGGGUUAUGAAAGCAAUUAAAGAAUUGUUGUCCAACGAUCCUAGUUUAUCUUCACUGCCUUUAUUGACUACUUUCCUGAAGGCCUAUUCAAGACCUUUUCUUGGAAUAGUCCCUCCAGCUCCAUCCAAGCAAAUAGGAUCUGACACUGAACCUGGUAGUUUAUCUAAUCAGGUUCAAGAAGAGUCUUACUAUGGACAAUUUCCGGCCCUAUCCAAAGAAGAGGAAGGAGAGUUGGUGGAACAAGAUAUCCGCGAUCGAUUUAAACGGAUGUGUGAGGGCUACUUCGAAAACGUUUGCAAGAAGCUAGUUAUUGAGCACAAACGCCUUCAAGAACAAGACAAAAGAAACCACGAGGCAUAUAUCCGCUCUGGAGAAAUAUUCGAAGAUCGUCAGCAAGCCUACGAGAAGAUGACCAAGAAUUAUGAAAAGUUGUUGACUAGUUGUCAAUCCCUCUCCGAAUUAUUGUACCUACCGCUUCCAAGUCUUCCUACAGCAUCCCAGAAGUCCGAUUCCAUUCUUAUUGGCUCUAAUUCGACCCAUUUAAAUGGAGAUGCAGAAGAAAUUAUGACCACAGGCGGGAAGUGGGAGGAUGAAGAAGAACGACGCUUCUUCGAAGAUAUCCAGGAUCUAAAAGAUUUCGUACCAUCUAGUGUUCUUGGGGUGGAAGAAGACAUAGAAGAAGAUAACAAAGAGAUGGAACAAGAGAGGGUAGAAAGAGAGAAAGAAGAAGUUAGAAAGCUUGAAGAGGAAUUGGAACGGCUGGGCGAUACAGAGAAUCAUACAGAAAGCGAUAGAACAACCUAUGAAGAGUCUCAUGAGGAUGACAUACCCACGCCUACCCCUGGCACACCGAAAGCGAACUCUCCACCUCUAUCUCCACAACUUGCCCCUCAAGGGCCCUCACAACUCUUAACCGCUCUACUUGUCAGGCUUCCAGACGCCACUAAUCGUGCAUUGAUCGACCAAGCUGCCAUCGAUUUUGCGUUCCUGAACUCCAAAGCAGCGCGCAAAAGGCUCACUCGGUUUAUGACCCAAGUUCCAAAAAGCAGGACUGAUCUGCUUCCACAUUAUUCAAGAUUAAUAGCAACCUUGAAUAAAUAUAUGCCUGACAUUGGGGCAGAUAUUGUCGCAUUUUUAGAUGAAGAGUUCCGCUAUUUACAGAGGAAGAAGAAUGUUGUUAAGGAAUUGGCUGAAGUCAGGCUCAAGAACAUCAUCUUUCUUUCCAAUCUAACCAAAUUCCGCGUGGUACCACCGCACGUUAUUUUACAUAUGUUCAAAGUCUGUCUAGACGAUUUCUCUGGGAUAAAUGUGGAGAAUAUCGCUCUUCUUCUAGAAGGUUGUGGCAGAUUUUUGCUCAGGAGCCCGGAUACUUCAGAAAGAUUCAGUACAAUGCUCGAACUUAUGCGCCGGAAGCAAAAUAUGCAGCACUUUGACCAAAGGCAACUUCUACUUUUAGAAAAUGCCUAUUAUCAGUGCAAUCCUCCAGAACGAGCACCCAGGCAGGAGAAAAUCCGCACCCCGAUCGAAUUAUUUAUCCGCCAUCUGAUAUAUGACGUGCUCGCAAAAAAGACUAUCGACAAGGUGCUAAAGCUUCUCCGUAAGCUUGAUUGGGAUAACGAUGAUGUCAAAAGAUAUUUGCACAAAGUUUUCACAAAACCUUGGAAAAUCAAAUAUAGCAACAUUGGGCUAUUGGCUAUGCUAACUUAUGAUCUCCAAAGGUACCGACCUGCUUUUGCCAUCGCAGUUGUCGACCAGGUUCUAGAAGACGUGCGACGAGGCUUAGAGCAAAACGUUUAUAGUACCAAUCAAAGAAGGCUUGCCACAAUGAAGUACCUUGGAGAGCUCUACAUCUACAGGCUUCUUAGUUCUGGGAUUAUUUUCGACACGCUAUGGUCACUUGUGACCUUCGGUCAUCCUGAUGGGCGUCCAUUGCCAAAUCAGGCUGUACCUUUGGAUAUGCCCGACGACUUUUUCCGAGUUCGUCUGGUCUGUGUACUUCUCGAUACCUGCGGCAUGUGUUUCGACCGCGGAACUCAGAAGAAAAAACUGGAUAAUUUUAUCAUCUUCUUACAGUAUUAUAUUCAUUGCAAGGAACCAUUGCCAAUGGACGUUGACUUUAUGCUCUCGGAUUCUUUAGAAGCUGUGAGGCCUAAAUUAGAAAUUGCGAAAACAAUUGAGCAAGCAGCCAUCGCCGUUGACGAAAUGUUUAAUUCGGCGUACCAAACCACUGUAGCCGACGACAGUGGUGAUGACAGUGAUGAUGAAGAAGGGGAGAGGCGGGACGAUAAUGGUCUCGAUGACGAAGAGCAAGAGGAAUUUGGCGAGCCAGAUUCACCGGUCGACGAGCGAGCGCCAUCUCCAGAACAAGACAUUGUUCUUUCUGCCAGCAACAGCCUUCAGGAGAAUCUCGGUCCCUCCGAGGAGGCUGACGCAGAAUUUGCAAAGGAAUUAGCUAAACUUGUCACCGAUACAUCCGCAGAAUCACGAAAAGUAGACAAAAAAACCGCUCUGGCAUUAUGGGAAUCUGCUGUUCUUCCUCCUACCUCUCGAAAAAAGCGUACAGAUGAUAGAGAUGAAGACCAUGACGAGAAAGAGGCCAACGAACCUACAACUAUGGCGUUCACUGUUAUCACGAAAAAAGGCAAUAAACAACAGGCCCGUCAAAUAUCUGUCCCAGCCGCUUCAGCAUUGGCGGUCCACACCCGCUCAGCCCAACUGCAAGAUAAAGUCGAACAACAACACUUAAAAAGAUUGGUUCUGGACUAUGAACAAAGAGAAGAAGCAGAAGAACUGAAAGCCUUGGAAGCCCGGAAUCGUGCUGGUGCGAUAAAAAUACGCUAUGUCGGAUAA